GCGCGUCUUAGCAAGCGGGUGUCUGUCUGCACACCGCUCCGAAGGCGACUGUUGUCCCGUGUAACGCCGUUGGGUUUUGUGUUCUUAGGUCCCUGCUUCCUUCUCCUUUAAGUCAUCCCCUUCCCCUCCCCGUUUGCUCGUUCCUGGGCCCUCUGGCAGACGCAGACCAGCUGGGAGCCCUGGUGCCCCAGAUGGAAUGCAGUUCUGUGACUGAACAGCAAAAAUACCCCCUGUAUCUUUGUGGAAAAUGUUCAUGGUAAUGUGUUCCAGAACAAGUUGUGUGGCUUUUUUUUUCUUUUUAAACACUGCAUUACACUGUUAAUUCAUUAGGUUUGAGGUCUGUCAUAACCCCAGAUGGCUGUCUGUAGGAUGGCUGUCUGUAGGAUUGCUGCCAACUCUUCAUGCCUUAUUUUGUGCUUUAGCGUUUGUCUCUUCCACUUGUUUUGCCCUCUUUGUCAAUUGCUCAGCUGAUUUCUGAGAAACAUGUAUUCUAAUUCUAGCCUCUCCAGUGGCUGCAGCUCUUAGCAGCUAGGUGCCACCUGCAGAUUUUACAAGCAUGUUCUAUCUUAAGUCCUUGCUGAGGCUCACUGUAGUGUUUGCUAGCACCACUGCUAGCAUGAUAUUCUGAACCUGAGGUUAGUAAAUGAGUAAUAGUUCAGUGAUUUUAUUAGGGGAGGGAAGGCUGGUUGGCUGAAGGACAUGGCUUUGAGUACACAAAGCAUGAAUCUCGGUUGGAGCUGUGGUAGUAGGAGUCUCUUCUGUGGGAUUAGUGUCCAAUGAAUGAUGUCUCAUGGAUUUUUGGUGUGGUUAGUGUGUCACCAGGCUUUAGCUUGGCCCAGAAGCCAUUUGGAGCAACGUAUGUCUGGAGCAGCAUUAUCAGCGCACUUCAAACUCAAGUGGAAGUGAAAAAGCGCCGUCAGAACCUGAAGUGCUAUCAUGACUGUUUCAUUGGUUCGGAUGCAGUGGAUGUCGUGUUUGCCCAUCUUCUACAGAACAAGUAUUUUGGGGAUGUUGAUAUUUCCCGUGCAAAAGUAGUGCGAGUGUGCCAAGCGCUAAUGGACUACAAAGUGUUUGAGGCUGUCUCAAGGAGGGUCUUUGGAAAAGACAAACGCUCUGUGUUUGAGGACAGUAGCAGUAGCCUCUACAGAUUCACAAAUGUCUCAAGCCAAGCGGAUCUUGAUAAAGAUUACCAGCAGUGUACGCCACAAAGGCAUCAGAAGAACAUGCUGUACAACACUACUCCUCUCAAAGCAGAAAGCUUGGAGGAUCUCUGGGAAAACCUGAGUUUAAAGCCUGCAAAUACCCCUCAAGUAAACAUCUCAGAAAGUUUGUCUCGUCGAGUUAUUAAUGAGGUCUGGCGAGAACAAACCAUUGCUCGUCUGCUGCAGCUUGUAGAUCUUCCACUCCUUGACUCCUUGCUUGAGCACCAGGAAGUCAAGCCUCAGCUUCCACAACCAAAGAAGGACUCUGGAUAUGUCAUCACGAGCAACUACUUGGACAGAGAGAUUCUCAAGGCUUUCAGUGACUCACAGACAGAUGAAUGGCUCUCAUCAGCAAUAGAUUGCUUGGAAUAUCUUCCUGAUCAUAUGGUGGUAGACAUCAGCAGGAACUUGCCCGAUCAACUGGAUAAAGCUGAUGCAUGGAAACUACUGCUGUUUGAAAAUAUUGGUAGAUACUAUGGCCAGAAAAAGGAGCCGCUGUUGAGCCACGCACCUGAAAUUCAUUCAGGAAUUGCAGAACUACUAGUGAAUGGGAAGAUGGAACAAUCUCUAGAAGCUAUUCAACUCUAUUUAAAACUUCUAGACAGUCAAAUCAGGGAGGAGUUCAGAAGAUUACUGUAUUUUAUGGCUGUUGCUGCCCAUAACACCGAGCUCAAACUACAGAAGGAGAGUGACAACAGGAUGGUUGUGAAAAGAACUUUCUCUAAAGCUAUUAUCAACAAUAAAUCCUUAUCCAGAGGGAAAACAGACCUUCUGAUCUUGUUCCUUGUGGACCACCAAAAGGAUGUCUUAAAGAUCCCAGGGACACUGCAUAAAAUGGUCAGCAAUAAAUUAGUGGCUUUGCAGGAAGGCCAAGAUCCUAGUAAGAUAACAGGUUACACAUUUUGCCAAAAGCUUGAUGAAAGAGAGUAUCGUUUGAAUACAGAGAAGACCACAAAAGAUGAGCUAUUAUCUCUGCUGAAAGCUAUUGAUGAAGAUUCAAAGCUCUCCGACAAAGAGAAAAAGAGACUGCUAGGUCAGUUUCAUAGUAGUAAUCCAAGUAUUUUUAUGCAGUAUUUUGGAGACAGAGUUAGUAAUAUGUGCGUGUGACUUUUAAAUUGCUUUCUACAUUGCAGUAUUGAAAACACUAAUAUAUUUGUAAAUCAUUUGUAUUCAUAUGUCUAAUAAAGUUAUUUUAUGGAAAUUGA